AUGAUUCCCGUAACAAGACGCGUGCUACAAACGAAUCAGUCUGUGCGCUACUUUUCACAGAGUACAGCCCAAACUCUUGCCCAACAGAAAAUUAAACUUCCUCAGAUUCGAGAUCAGCAACUUCUGAACGCUGCAAUAACAUAUGACAUUGAUGGAAAGCAAAAAGAAAGACAACAGAACAAGCUCAAUUUCGGUCGUUUGGCGUUUUUGGGCGAUAGUUUAGUCGACUACAAUGUUUGCCGCCACCUCUUUACCAAAUACCCAUCGUUUUCGGCGGGUGAAUUAUCAAACUUGCGCGCGUUGCUCGUGAAUCGUCGUCAAUUGGCGCGGUUUGCGCAUGACACCGGCCUAGAUACUCUUAUAACCUGUAACAGAGUCACUGAAAAGGACAAUCCAAACGUUCUCGGUGAAGCAUUGGAGGCUUAUAUUGGUGCACUUUAUCUCGACUAUGGCGAAGAAGCGGUCUACGAAGGAGACUGGGUUGACCAACAAUUCUUCUUUACGUAUUAUUUGUUUAACCGAAUGUAUAGCUUUACCCAGACAGCCGUCACGACGGACACGAGACCCGUUCUAGUGACUUUGUCAAACACUGUGAGAUCAUAUCAGGAAAAAUUGUCCACGCUGUUAGAAGUAACAUCAGACCGAAUGGCAAAGUUUACACAGAUGACUCAGAUACCUAUAGCAAACUUUAGGCCAAUGUCUACAACAGUCGUAAAGGAGGAAGCGGUUACAGGACAGGUGGCAACGCCUGCAACGACUACUGAUGCUAGCAAGGGCUCAGGCAUCGUUGAAAUUACAUCAACAACAACAAGUGCAGCAAGACCAGGUGCAAAAAAACCAAGUGCAGCAAGACCAGGUGCAAAAAAACCAAGUGCAGCAAGACCAGGUGAAGCACCAACACACUAUUCACCAGAAGCCAAUUCUUCUCUUUCUCGACCGACAGUCGUCCCCCCUCGUCGUCUCAUGCAGCAGGAUCUGUCCCUACGCCGGAAUCUCCUGCUCCAUUCUCCAAUCGCUUCACCCACUAUCACUAUCUCUCAACAUCGACAUUACUGGUGCGAACAACGUGUUCGGUCAUUCGGUUAUUAA